AUGGCCGAAGCACAGCCAUCUCAGGCCCCCGUAUUCCAGGACGAGCUCACUCAGGACAGGACGAGGCAGUUUAUCGAGUUCCUGGACGAUGAGUCGCAACCUGGCUACAACUACAAGGAAUCAAUAAGGCGGAUGCUCGACGACGAGCAAGUCAGGCUCAUCAUCGACCUCAACCAUAUCCGUGCAUACGAGCGGACCUAUGCGGAUGGCCUGCUCUUGCAGCCGAUGCAAUUUGUCCCUGCCCUCGACGCGGCCUUGAACCAGCUAGUCGAAAGUGUGCACAAUCCCAACAAGCACAAGAUCGAAGGAAAGCAAUAUUACGCCGGGAUGAUUGGUUCAUUCGGACAACAACACUGCAAUCCUAGAACUCUUCGAAGUCAUCAGAUCGGCAAGAUGGUCAGUCUUGAAGGCAUCGUGACUAGAUGCUCCCUCGUCCGACCCAAGAUGCUCCGAUCAGUCCACUACGCCCCUCAGACCCAAAAAUUCCACUCCCGAUCCUACAACGACUCCACCAUCAUUCAGUCCUCCUCCACCAUGACUGGCACCACUACCGUCAUCCCCAAGGACGAUGGUGAUGGUCAUCCUCUCUUGAUGGAAUACGGUCUUUCCACCUUUAGGGAUUACCAAAACAUUGGCAUUCAGGAGAUGCCGGAGAGAGCGCCUGCUGGCCAGUUGCCUAGGAGUGUGGAGGUGGUAUUGGCGGAUGAUCUGGUGGACUGCUGCAAGCCUGGAGACAGAAUUCAGCUUGUCGGUGUUUACAAGAGUGCCGGUGGUGGUGCUGGAGCGCGCGGUUUCCAAACAUCUAUCGUUGCCAACAACGUCAUCCUCCUCUCCUCCAAACAAGGCGGCGGUAUCGCCCAAACUCCCCUCACUGAUACCGACAUCCGAAACAUCAAUACCCAAUCCAAAUCUCCAAAGAUUUUCAAUCUCCUCUCUCAAUCUCUCGCCCCCUCCAUCUAUGGACACGAUUAUAUCAAGCAGGCCGUCUUGCUCCUACUGUUGGGAGGUGAAGAGAAGAACUUGGACAACGGUGGUCAUAUCCGAGGUGACAUCAACGUCCUGAUGGUCGGUGAUCCUUCUACCGCCAAAUCUCAGAUGUUGCGAUUCGUCCUCAACACUGCUCCUCUGGCUAUCGCUACCACCGGUCGAGGUUCAUCCGGUGUCGGUCUUACUGCCGCUGUCACCACUGACAAGGACACUGGAGAGCGUCGGUUGGAGGCUGGUGCGAUGGUGUUGGCGGAUAGGGGUGUCGUGUGUAUCGAUGAGUUUGACAAGAUGUCGGAAGUGGAUCGAGUGGCUAUUCACGAAGUCAUGGAACAGCAGACGGUCACUAUCGCCAAGGCUGGUAUCCACACUUCUUUGAAUGCUAGAUGUAGUGUGGUGGCUGCCGCCAACCCCAUCUACGGUCAAUACGAUGUACACAAAGAUCCCCACCGAAACAUCGCCCUCCCCGACUCCCUACUCUCCCGUUUCGAUCUCCUCUUUGUCGUCACCGACGACACUGACGAACAACGAGACCGCAUGAUCUCGGAGCACGUCCUCCGUAUGCAUCGCUACAUCCAGCCCGGCUCUGAGGAAGGCGUGCCCCCCAUCGAAAACCUCGACCAAAACCUGGACGUCGGCGGAGACCAAACAGAGUCUCGCACGACAGAGACGGCUGUCUUCGAAAAGUUCAACCCACUGCUGCACAGUGGUGUCACCACCACAAGUGGAAGAGGAGCGAACAAAAAGAAGGUGGUCAUGAGCAUCGCCUUUGUGAAGAAGUAUAUCCAGUAUGCCAAGAGCCGAAUUCACCCGAAGUUGACGAAGGGGGCUGCGGACUGGAUUGUCAACGUCUACAGUAGUCUGCGUAACGAUGACAUGGCCGCCAACCAAAAACGUACUUCGCCUCUUACGGCUCGUACCCUCGAAACCCUCAUUCGUCUUUCCACCGCCCACGCCAAGGCCCGUCUGUCAUCCAGAGUCGACGAGCGCGACGCCAUCGCCGCCGAAGAGAUCCUCCGUUUCGCCCUCUUCAAAGAGGUCGUCCGUCCCGAGCGCCGCAAGCGUAGAAAGAUCAACCACCAAGGCCAGAGCGUUGAGGUUGACUCAGAUGAAGAAGAGGAUGAAAACGAAGUACCGGAGCCAGCUGCGGCGGGCCAAGAAGAUGCGGAGCUGGAAGCUGGUGUGCAGAGGCUGAAUGUGACCGACUCGCAGAGAGAUCGAACGAGGGAGAAGAACAGGCGUGCGGAUGGGACUCAGGCGGAGAGGAACGAGGAUGAGGACGAGGACUUUGACAUGGCUGAAGAGUCUCUCGGCCUCGCUCAAUCUCCUGACCCUGCACCUGCGCCCGAGCCGGUUGAGCUCUCGGCAGAACAGCUCGACUACUUCCGUGCUACCAUGUCCACCAUCUUCGAGUCUGAGCUCGACGAGGAUGGUUCCAUCUCCUUGGAUGCCUUGUUGCCCAAGGUCAACGAGGGCAAGACGGAUGCGGACAGGUUGAGUGCGGGACAAGUGGUCGACGGGCUGAAGAAGAUGAACGAGAAGGAUGAGUUGAUGUUUGCGGAAGGUGAUGGGACUAUUUACAAAAUCUAG